CGCACUUGAGGUCACAACAAACGCCUCGUAUUGGUAAAAAGAAAAUUAAGGAAAUGCAGCAGCAGCAGUUGUGCUAAUUGUUGAUGCCCACAUGCAAUAGCAAGGACUCGAGGACGCGAAACAGCCAUGGCAACGCACCAGCAUCCGCAUCCACAGCUGGAGCCGGGUUCGGGUACUGGUUCUGGUCGGGAUUCGGAAGGUGAGCCGGCGGUGGACAGCAAGUUGGUGUCCGUGGAGCUCAACUCGGUGGAUGCGGACCGCGUCUGCCGGGUUUGCCUGAAAGACGCAGAAUCGCUGGACGGGGAACUGCACUUCAUCUUCGCAGAUGCCCCCGUUGAGCAGGGCGCCAAUCUAGCCCACAUUCUGGACGAGUGUACUUUGCACCAAUGCCAGCGGCACGACGGGAUGCCCCCGCACAUGUGUGGAACCUGUGUGGAGGCAGCCCGCCAUGCCUUCCGCUUCAAGCGGCAAGCGGAGCGCUCCUACUGCUCGCUGGUGGCUUUGCUAGGACGAUCGCCCCAGUUGAAGGCCCGCGGAGCGGAGGUGAGCAGCCAAACGGACCAGGUGGCCCUGCUGCCGUGCGAGAUGUGCCACGACCAGUUCCUCAACAGCCUAGAGCUGCGCCUGCACCGAAACCAGGUGCACAGGACGACCAAGGAGGGCACGGCCACUGGAACGGAGGGCACGCAGAUCGAGGAGUUCAAGUGCAAGUUUUGCCCGCAGCAUUUCCCCCAUCUUCGGCAGCUGCGCAGUCAUUUGGCGCGCAGUCACGAACAGACAGCCCGCCUCCAGUGCUCCCAUUGCCAGCGCACCUUCAGCCGGCGGGAUCACUUGCUGCGCCACAUGCGCAACCAGCACCGGCUCGUGGAGGAGGACCUGCUGCGCACCUGGCCGCCGGCGGAUGAGAACACCAUGCUGAGCGAUGACGGGGAUGAGCUGGUCUCCGCAGAGGUGCUGCUAAACGAGGAGGACGAUGAACACGACGGAGUUGGCGACACCUUUCAGUGCAACACGAAUCCCAUUUCCAGCAACGAGGACGAGGACGACGAAGGCAAUGUGGCUAACCAAACGUUGUGGCUGCACAUCAAGCCGGAGCCCUGUUUGGAGGCGGAGGAAGUGGACCUGGCCAUGCAGCUGAAGCUCGAGAAGAAGCGGCGGCGACGUGAGAAGGCGGAACCUCAAGCUGAGGACUCGAUUGACCGCACAGUGAAGAAUGAACCCAUUGCCAUCGGCGACGGGCAGUUCAGCAUCAAGGAGGAAAACCAGCUUGUGGGCAGCGAAGACGAAGCACCGAUGGGAGUGGAGGACUUUAUGAAGCUACAUGUCAGCGGAGACCUGCCGCUCAGCGAUGAGGACCGGUACGAUGACUUCAUUGACGAAGAAAGCGAUAUUGACGACGAUGAGGGCGACGACGAGGACGGAGAUGAGGACGGCGAGUUCCGGCUCAAGGAGGAGCCGCUGGACGGCGAGAAGUUGCCGAAGAAGACCAAGUCCGGUCGGCGCCGGCGGCGCAACAAGCAGGGCGAGCCAAACCCCGAAAACCGAUGCGAGGUGUGCCAGCGCACCUUCUCCCGCCACUGCCACUUGCUACGCCACAAGCUGUCGCACCUGGAGAAGAAGCCCCACAACUGUCCGCACUGCCCUAAGGCGUUCGCGCGCAGCGACCACCUCAAGGCGCACGUGCAGAGCCUGCACAGCAACAAGGAGCACAAGUGCGGGCUUUGCGAGGCCGCCUUCUCGCGCCUGGACGCCCUGGAGCGGCACAAGGUCAGCAAGCACAACGGCGAGGGCCUGGAGCCGGGCAGUGAGCUGAAGCUGCAGCUGGCCGAGCACACUUGCGAGUACUGUUCGAAGCGCUUCUCCAGCAAGACCUACCUGCGCAAGCACACCCUGCUGCACACGGACUUCCUGUACGCCUGCAAGACCUGCGAGGAGACAUUCCGCGAGCGAGCGCAGCUCAGGGAGCACGAGAAGACCCACACCGGUCAGCGCAAUUUCCUCUGCUGCAUAUGCGGCGACAGCUUCGCCCGCAACGACUACCUCCGCGUGCACAUGCGACGCCACAACGGCGAGAAGCCCUACAAGUGCCGCUACUGUGUCAAGGCGUUCCCGCGCGCCACCGAUCUCAAGGUCCAUGAGCGGUACCACACGGGCACUAAACCGAAUCUGUGCAAUACCUGCGGCAAGAGCUUCCACCGGGCCUACAACCUGACCAUCCACAUGCGGACGCACACCGGCGAACGGCCGUACAAGUGCGACCAGUGCCCGAAGAGCUUCACGCAGAGCAACGACCUCAAGGCGCACAUCCGUCGGCACACGGGCGAGCGGUACAAGUGCCCGCACUGCGACGCCUACUUCCUGCAGCUGUACAACAUGCGCAACCACUGCUUGAGUGCCCACAACAAGCACAUCGAGACGAAGACGGGGCGCCUGCAGCGGACGGGACUCCUCGACGAUGGCGGUCAGUCGCAUCUGACCACUGUGGUGAUGCCGCCAGCGCGGUAUCAGCCAGGAAUGGAUCCCCAACUGGCGGUGGCUGCUGCUGCCGGGGCCGAGAGUUCGUCCUCGACCGCCGUCAUCCACUCGCCGGGCACGUACAACGCCACAUCCUCCGGACUGCCCGGUCCGGGGUCAGCGUCUGCUGCUCCAGCCAGCACGCUCGAUGGAGCCAGCUUCGCGCCCACGGCGAUGAAUGCGACGGCUCCCUUUGGCGCCUUUAAUUUUCCGCCGGCCGUUGUGGCGCAUCUCAUGUACAAUCACGGAGGAAGCAGUCAGCACAGCCAGAGCGGCAGUGAAACGGGCAAAUAGCCAUCGCAUUGGCUGUGGCUUUGGUUAUGGAUGCUCCUGCUCCUGGGGACACUGCUGCACCGCAUCCCGAACACACAACUAUUCCAGUGUAGUCUUAAGCUGCCCUCUGUAAAUAGUUGGCGAAGUGGAGAGUGGUCGCCGCCACCGGGCUGCCCAAUCGAAGGGGGUACAUCACAAGGGCGGCCGUUUUAAUGUGUUAAUAUGUAUGUAUUUAAUAGUCGAAUAAGAACUGCUUACAUUUUAAUGCGCUAUGUGGGCGGUUGGAUCAUUUUAUAAAGCUUACAUCAGUGCGCAUGUAUGUAUAAUAAAGUAAAAAUCGCUCCCAUCCCCCUAAUAAUUGUAAUUGAUGAGCCAAUAAAUCUUGAAAUAGUAAAACAUCUAAAGUUA